AUGGUCUCCCUCCGCUUCCCCACCGCUGCCAUCCUCCGCCUCCCGCCAACCCAGGCCCCCAACGGCUUUGCCAUCGCCGCCACGGUUGCCGCUGCGGCCGCGGCCGCAGCUGCAGCAGCAGCCAGCUUGACCCUCACGGCCAAGUCCGCAGGCCGGCCAGUCCCGCGCCCUGCCCCUCUCUGGGCCUCCCUCUCCCUGGCCGACGGGGCGGCCCCCGGCUCCGUCGAACCCCGGACCGGCGUGACAUUCCCCAUCGAGGCCGCCGCUGGGCGCCGCCUACUCGGCAUAGGCCUCCGGAAGACCAGCGUCCUCGGGCUCAAGUCCAUCGACGUCUACGCAUUCGGCGUGUAUGCGGAUGGCAACGAUUUGAAACAGCAGCUGAAGGAGAAGUACAGUAAGUUCUCGGCCUCGGAACUGAAGGAAAAUGCUGAGCUGGUCAACGAUACGCUAGAGCGUGACAUACGGAUGACGGUCAGGCUGCAGAUUGUUUAUGGGAGGCUGAGUAUUGGCUCGGUUCGCAGCGCAUUUGAGAAGAGUGUGGGAAGUAGGCUUCAGAAGUUCGGUGGACAUGACACCAAGGAGUUGCUUCAGAGCUUUGUUGCACUUUUCAAGGAUGAAUACAAAUUACCAAAGGGAUCUGUGAUUGAGCUUUCGAGGGAAUCAAACCAUGUGCUUAAAAUUUGCAUUGAAGGCGAGGAAGUGGGGAGCAUUCAGAGCAAGCUCUUGUGCCAGUCUCUAUUAGAUCUUUAUAUUGGAGAUGACCCCUUUGACAAAAAUGCAAAAGAUGAUAUCCAUCAAAAUAUAGCUAGCAUUCUUAAAAGUUAA